AUGACUCAGGAGACGAAUCACCAGCAGAAUAACCAGCUCAACCGUAGUCAACCUUCCCCUCAAUUAGUCUCUCUUCUCCAAGGCAAACUUAGCACUUUAGUAGGCAAAUCAUCUGGUUAUAUUGAGAAUCUUCCCGAAGAUGUAAAACGUCGCAUCUGUGGUUUAAAUUUCUACCAAUCUGAACAUGCAAAAUUGGAAGCAAAAUUUCAGGAAGAGAUCCUUGCGUUAGAAAAGAAAUAUUUAAAACUCUAUCAACCUUAUUAUGAAAAACGUGCAAAGGUUGUUCGUGGUGAAUGCGAACCAGCCGAAGAAGAGAUUACGGCUGGCGCGUCGCUUUUCGAAAAAGAAAAGGAAAAGCAGGCGCAAGAAGGAGAUGAAAAAAAUAAAGAUAUACAAGGUGAUCCAGCAGCUGAAAAAAGUAAAGAAGUACAAGAAGGUGAUGAAGGCCCCUGCAAGGGUAUCCCUGAGUUUUGGCUUACUGCCAUGAAAAAUUUAUUCACGAUUUCAGACAACAUCACUGAACGCGACGAAGAGGCAUUAAAACAUCUAAUUGAUAUUCGCAUUUCAUAUCUUGAAAAUCCUGGUUUUCAACUUGAGUUUGAAUUUGAAGAAAAUAAAUUUUUCUCUAACACUCUUUUGGUAAAAACAUAUUACUAUCAAGAUGAACCUGGAUAUGGUGGUGAUUAUGUAUAUGAUCAUGCUGAGGGCACAAAAAUUGAUUGGAAAGAAGGCAGGGAUCUGACUAUCACAUUUACAAUUAGUAUUCUAUUUAUAGGUACCAACAAGACUCGAGUGGUAAAGACUACAGUACCUGCUGCAUCAUUCUUUCAGUUUUUUAAUCCGCCUCCGCCAGAUUGUGAAGAGGAAGAUGAUGACGAUGAUUUGGAUCAGCGUCUUGAAACUGAUUACCAAAUUGGUGAGGAUAUAAAAGAAAAACUUAUUCCUCGUGCCAUUGAUUGGUAUACUGGCCGGCGGAAGGAAUGGGGAGAGCGACCUGAAUGCAAGCAACAAUAG